UGGCGGCGGCCUGUAUAAAUAACGUAGCGCUGUGUCAGCAAGCUCUACUUUUUCGUCCAUUGUUUAAAGAAAGUACGUCGUAUCCGCAAAAAUGCAAGAUAUUUACUGCAGAAAUCGGAAAGAGACAUCUGAGCCUGUGAAAACCCAAUUAAAAGGAACUCUACCAGCUUGGCUGAAGGGCACCCUCUUACGCAAUGGCCCGGGAAUGUUUUCAGUUGGAGAUACCAGUUACAACCAUUGGUUUGAUGGACUUGCACUGUUGCAUAGCUUUACAUUUAAAGAUGGUGAAGUUUAUUAUCGCAGUAAGUAUUUACAAGGAGAUACCUACAAGUGCAACAUGGAAGCCAAUAGAAUAGUGGUAUCAGAAAUGGGAACUAUGGCCUACCCGGAUCCAUGCAAAAAUAUCUUUUCAAAGGCAAUGUGUUACCUUCAACACACUAUUCCAGAUUUUACUGAUAAUUGUGGGACCAACAUUAUUAAGUAUGGGGAAGAUUAUUAUGCCACUUCAGAAACUAACUAUAUUAGAAAAAUUGAUCCAGAAACCCUCGAGACACAAGAUAAGGUGGACUAUAUGAAAUAUGUUGCUGUGAAUCUAGUAACAUCUCAUCCACAUUAUGACAAAGCAGGAAACUCUUUCAACAUGGGCACCUCAAUUGCAGAAAAAGGAAAAACAAGAUAUACAAUUUUCAAGGUUCCUCCGGCAUCAGCAGGAAAUGAAAAGAUGUGCUUGAAGAAUCUUGAGGUGGUCUGUUCUAUCCCCUGUCGGUCCCUUUUUACCCCAAGUUACUACCACAGCUUUGGCAUGACUGAAAAUUAUAUCAUAUUUAUUGAGCAACCAUUCAAACUCGAUAUACUUAAGAUGACAACUGCCUAUAUCAGAGGAAUCAACUGGGCAAGCUGUCUGAACUUUCACUCUAAGGAUAAUACUUUGAUUCAUCUCAUUGACAGAAAGACCAAAAAACCGGUAUCCACACAUUUCUUUACAGAUGGAUUAGUAGUCUAUCACCAUGUCAAUGCAUAUGAAGAGGAAGGCCACGUUGUCUUUGACAUAAUUGCAUAUAAUGAUAGCAGUCUUUAUGACAUGUUCUACAUGGAAAACUUGAAGCAAGACUCAAAGACAAAACUGUCAUCCAAACCCAACUACAGAAGAUUUGUCUUACCACUGAAGUGUGAAAAGGAUACUGAGACUGGUAAAGACUUGGUCACACUGAAAUCCACUACAGCCACUGCUAUAAAAGAAAAAUCGGGCAGUUUAUAUUGUCAUCCUGAAAUCAUUGCUGAAGGUGUUGAACUUCCGAGGAUUAAUUAUGACUUUAAUGGCAAGAAGCAUAGAUAUGUUUAUCUCACUGUUGUGGAACUGACCCCCAUACCAGCAAAGAUAUCAAAGCUUGAUGUUGACACUAGACAGACAUUAGAAUGGGAGGAAGAAAACUGCUGGCCAUCUGAAGCACUUUUUGUCCCUGCACCAGAUGGAAAGGAUGAGGAUGAUGGUGUAGUUUUGUCUGCAGUUAUUUCUACAGAUCCAUCCAAAUCUGCAUUCUUGCUUGUUUUGGAUGGCAAAACCUUCAAAGAAAUUGCACGUGCAUAUGUGGAUGUAGAUCUUCAUAUUGACUUGCAUGGUGUUUACAUUCCACAGACUCAACAAAAGUGAGCCGGUAAUUCAUAGCAAAUGGGCAUUGCACUAUUACUCCCUGCUUACAGCUAAUAGUCCUCUAAGUAUUCCUCAGAAACGAGCAAUAAUGUGGGCUGGUAUUUUUAUUCAUACAGAAAUCCAAAUGUAUCUGUGUAUGUUACCAUUAUAAGAACUUGAAUAAAUGUCCGAGUCCUUAACUUCACAUUGUAUAUAAUGCAAAGGAAAUCCUAAAUUCUGUUUACAGUAUCUCCCAGUGCUUUAUUCAGCCUAAUUUGUAAAGCUGAAUACAUUAGAAACAACAGGGAUAAUCAGAAGCAGAUAAUACAGAACUCUCAAUUAUUUGUAAAUCUGUAUUAUACCCAUAGAGGACACCAUUUUCAUUGCUUUCCAAAGCAUCGCUUUGGUGGCAGAACAGUCUCCUAUACACUACUAGGCUAGGCUAAAGUAAAGAAAUGUAUAUUAAAUGAGUGGGCAAACUAGAAUUAAUACAAAACUGAUCAAAAUGGCAAUAAUCUGUGCUGAAUUAUCACAGCUCUACUUUAAUUCUUACACAGAUUUUCUAGUGUUAACUCCAGAACAGUAAGUGAUUUAUCAAAUGGAUAUUAAUGAAUUUCAUAUAAGACCUUGAAAAAUGAAGAUGCACUUUUCACACGAAUUUUAAUAAUUGACAGGAAUUCAAGUUGAUGAUGGAGGAUAAUUAAGAAGUGAAUACAAAGCACCUUGUGGGGGGUGGGAAAAAGUUUAUGUAUUUAAUGCUUAAGCAUUAAGUUAAUGUAAGUACUUAAUGACCACUUUCGUAACAUAAAAAUUGUGCUUCUGAAGUUGCAUAUUGAUUGGGGGACAAAUUUAUUAGUGUGCCAUUUGGUUAUUAUUGGUUUAUUCCACUUAGACAAGGACAAUCAAGUAAAGGUAUUUGAAAAUAGACUUCUUAAUCAUUUAAAUAACAAGGAGUAAUGAUGUUACAUUUUUGUAAUGCUGUGCAAUUAUCUAAGUAUACUAAAUAUCAUGGGACACAGCAUGUUUGGUUUUCUCCAGGAUCUAUAGAAACCAGAGCUUUUAUUACCAUUCAGCAUUACCUUGGCUUAACUUGAUUUGAAAUUACCAUUAAAAAGCUUUAAGAAACCGAAACUGACAAAACUUGAAAAGUUGUAAGUAUGCUUUAAAAUUUCUUGUGCGCUUAUACUACAUGUUCAGUGGUAGAUUUGUGUGAGACAGCCCUGUAAGAUGUGAAAUACACAAAUGAACGGAGCUGAAAGACUGUAUUGGCUAACUUACAGGAACCCCAGAUACGAUGGUAAGGAGCUGAGCUCCUACAUUUUUGAAUCUGCAUCUUAAAAAGUAGAAAAUCAACAUUGCAACCUUUAAAAUAAAACUAAUUGGUGACAGAGAACCAAAUGGAACCCAUUCAUUUAUUCAGUAUUUUAGAAAAUGUGGUUUAUUUUUUUUUCCACAGUUGCAGCAUAUGUUUAUUUACCCCAGAAACUUGUGCAGUCGAAUGAAAUAUUUAUAAAUUAAAAAAAAAAAUCUUCCCCUGCAUACUUUUUU